AUGCAGCGCGCUCCAUCACGGUUGCUCUUCAUCGCGACCCUCUUCCUCGCCCUCCUCUCCUUGGUCUCGGCGAUCAAAUUCGACCUCACCGCAACCCCGCACGGCCACGUGAAAUGCAUCUGGAACUACGCCCUGUCCGACUCGCUCGUCAUCGUCACUGCCAACGUGGUCCCCUCCACCUCUUCCUCGGUAGACCAUCAGCGGAUGGACAUCGAAGUAGUCGACGGGUCCAAACAUAACAACGUGUACCUCUCCAAAAAGGGCAUCAAGGGCGAAACGCGAUUGGCGAUCAACACCCACAGCCAUGCCGAUCUCGGCGUCUGCUUUAAGAAUAGUCUCCUCAAAAAGGGAGAGAAGGCAACGAUGACGGUGGAUCUAGAUGUGGAUAUCGGCGCCGAUGCGGUGGACUAUAACGCCAUUGCGAACCAGGAGAGUCUCAGUGGGCUGGAGACCGAAAUGCGGAAACUGGAGGCGGUAGCGAAUGAGAUUGUGAAUGAGAUGGAGUAUUUGAAGAAGCGGGAGUUGAGGAUGGCUGAUACCAAUCUAUCGACAAAUAUGCGUGUGACCAAUUUUGCCAUCCUCACCCUGGUUGCGUUGUUGGCACUCGGCGUCUGGCAGGUCUUCCACCUCAGAGGCUUCUUCAAGCGCAAGUACCUCAUCGAUUAA